AUGUCGAACGAAAGUCCGACAAUAUUGAUCAACAAAACUGACACCAAUAUGGUCUGUUACACACCAGAUUUGAUAGUGCUAGAUGGAAAUAUAUGGACGGGACAGAACCCAUUGGACUACGCUAUCCCUCUCUUCAUCUUGCAAUUAGUUCUGGUUCUCGGCACCACUCGCCUUGUUUCUUUUGUCCUCAAACCCUUUCAUCAACCUCGUGUUAUUUCCGAGAUCAUUGGUGGCUGGAUCUUGGGUCCAUCAAUACUGGGACAGAGCAAUAAGUUUGCGCGCGUAGUAUUUCCCAUGAGAAGUUUUAUGUUGUUUGAGACGAUGGCCAAUAUUGGUGUAGUUUACUACCUAUUCUUAGUUGGAGUAAAGAUGGACCUCUCAGCUAUCAAACAGAAUGGGAAAAAGGCCUUGUCCAUUUCCAUUGCUGGUAUGCUUUUGCCCUUCCUCGUAGGCUGCUCCUUCUCCUUGCUUCUGUUCAAGAAAACACCGUUCAUGGACAACGGAACCUCCAUCAUCUUCCUCGCUGCUGCUCUCUCUGUCACUGCAUUCCCCGUGGUUGCUCGAAUCCUUUCAGAGCUUAACAUCCAAAAUGGAGAGAUUCGCGAUAUUGCCAUGUCAUGCGCUCUUAUCAACGACAUAUUUGCUUGGGUUCUCUUAGCUUUAGCCAUUGAUUUGGCUGAGAGAAAUGCUCCUACCUUCACUUUUCUCUGGGUGAUCUUCGCUAACGUAGGAUUCGUUGCUUUCUACGUUUUUGUGGUCCGGCCAGCAUUGUCCUGGUUCAUAAGACAAACCCCAGAGGGAGAACCCUUCACCGAGUUCUCUAAAUCUGUCGUUCUUGCAGGGGUAAUGAUUUCUGGUUUCAUUACAGAUGCCAUCGGAACUUAUUCUGCGUUCGGAGCUUUUGUUUUCGGCCUUAUUAUACCCAAUGGAGCUCUUGGAAUCACUCUUGUAGAAAAGCUUGAAGACAUUGUUUCAGGGCUUUUGCUCCCCCUCUUCUUUGCUCAUAGUGGGUUUAAGAUGGAUAUUAGGAAAAUUGGGGGACCCUUUGACUGGGUGAUGCUAAUUGUUAUACUUUUUAUAGCAUGUGCUGGUAAAGUCCUUGGAACUCUCCUUGUUGCCCUCUACUACAAGAUGCCUUUUCUUGAAGCACUUACUCUUGGUUUUCUUAUGAAUGCCAAAGGUCUUGUUGAAAUAGUUGCCCUCGCAGUUGGGAAAGAACAGCGUAUUAUAAAGGGGUCAACAUAUGCAAUUGUGAUCAUGUCAUCAGUAAUUAUGACCGGAAUCAUCACACCACUUGUUAGCAGAAUUUAUAGGCCACCAAAGAAAUUUGUUGCGUCAUACAAAUGGAGAACAAUUCAAACAACAAGGACAGAUGCUGAGCUACGAAUCAUAGCGUGCAUUCACAGCCCUCGUAAUGUCCCAACAAUCAUCAACCUACUCCAAGCUUCCCAUCCCAACAAGAAUUCUCCAUUAUGUAUCUUCGUGCUCCACCUGGUUGAACUCACCGUCCAUUCGUCUGCUUCAAAUAUUCUCCUUCACACUCACAAACGUCCUAGCCAACCGGUUGCCAAUAGGACACAGGCUCACACCGACCACAUCAUCAGUGCAUUUGAGACAUUUGAGCAGAAUGCUGUUUAUGUAACUUCAGAAUGUCUCACAGCCAUUUCCCCUUACUCCACCGCGCACGAACACAUCUCCAACUUGGCAGAGGACAGGCGCUCGGCUUUCAUCAUCAUUCCUUUUCAUAAACAGCAAACUGUUGGUGGCGAUAUGGAAGUCAUUAACCCUGCGUUUCAAAUAUUGAACCAGAAUAUGCUAGCAAAUGCGCCCUGCUCAGUUGGCAUUCUGGUUGACAGAGGCCUAAGUGCCUCCGCUAACUUGGCUACCAAUCAAGAAUAUUCUCAUCACAUCGCUAUGCUCUUUUUUGGUGGACCGGAUGAUAGAGAGGCAUUAUCAUACACAUUGAGGAUGUCAAAAAAUCCCAGGAAUAGCGUCAGUAUUAUUCGAUUCCUUCCAGGGGAAAGUGUAGUAGUGGAGCCAAGCUGCUGCAAUACCAAUGAUCCUCAAAUUGAUCCAACUUUGGGAACAAAAAGCAAGAGAGCUGAGAAGAGGCUCGAUGAUGCUCACAUAAACGAGUUUAGGAUGACAAUGGCAAAAGACGAUGAGUCAUUUGAAUACACAGAAAGGGUGUUGAACAGUGCAGACGAGACAAUUCAAGAAAUACGGUCACUGGACAAAAUUUCUGACCUCUUCAUAGUUGGUAGAGGACAAGGAGUGAUAUCACCGCUCACGGAAGGGAUUCUGGAAUGGAGUGAGUGCCCGGAGCUUGGUCCAAUCGGGGACUUUUUGUCAUCGACAGAUGCUCCAUUUGAAGCUUCAGUGCUGGUGGUACAACAGUAUGUUGGAGUAAGGCCACAGGAGGAGGAAGAGGUUGGAACACCCAACAGUCAGGAUCAUCAGCUUGAAGAGCCAAAUUUAGAAAACCAGAUGAAUAGGUGGACAAUGAGGUAG